UGGGAAUGGUUGUAACAAUUUCACCCAAUUUAAGUUUGUACAAGAUGGUUGUUUUACCAGCAGCGUCCAAACCAACCAUCAGAAUUCGCAUCUCCUUCUUGCCAAAAAGGCCCUGAAGGAGUUUAGAGAUUGA